AUGUUGCGUCUGAGCACUGCCGUGUGCCUGUGCGUGUGCGUGCGCCUGGCCCAGUCUGCUGCUGCUGCUCGACCACAGCGGACUCACUGCAGCCUCAGACGGCCCGCGGUGCUGCCUAUAGCGCUGGCGCAGCAGGAGGAGGUGGGCUGCUGGACUCGGCUGUCAUCACACUUUGGGACGCGCUGGAGUUGUUUCACACGCACCAAGUUGCAGCUGCAGAGGCGCACUUUUCUCCGGGGCUCUUCUCUCCUUGAGCGCUCACAAUCCGACAUGGAAGAUGGUCCGUCUUCAACAAGCUGUUUCAGAAGGUUAACGGACUGUUUCCUUGGUGCAAGUUUGACGGAUGAGAAAGUGAAGGCCUACCUCUCACUGCACCCUCAGCUCCUGGAUGACUUUGUGUUGGAGAGUGUGAGCGCGGAGACUCUGGAGCGAUGGCUCAAGAGGAAGAGCAGCUGCAAACCCACAGAUGACACAACGUUGAAAGAAGUUAGCAGGCAGUACCAGGACACCAACAUGCAGGGCGUGGUGUACGAGCUCAACAGCUACAUGGAGCAGCGGCUGGACACGGGCGGGGACAACAAACUCCUGCUUUACGAGCUGUGCAACAUCAUCAAAACUGCAACGAAAGCGGAUGGAUUUGCACUUUAUUUCUUGGGAGAAUGCAACAAUAGUUUAUGCUUAUUCACGCCUACGGGGGCCAAAGACGGGCCUCCCACCCUCAUUCCCUACGGCCCCAUCACAUUUGGGACGACCAUAGCCGCUCAUGUCGCCAAGACUCGCAAAACACUGCUGGUCGAGGACAUCACAGGGGACGAGCGUUUCCCUGAAGGCACAGGACAGCACUCAGGGAUCCACUCUGUCCUGUGUCUGCCCAUCCUCACUGCCAUCGGAGACCUGAUCGCCAUCAUGGAGCUGCACCGGCACCGAGGCCGAGAGCCCUUCAACCUCAGCCACCAGGAGGUUGCAACAGCUAACCUAGCCUGGGCCUCGGUUGCUAUUCAUCAAGUACAGGUAUGCAGAGGCCUCGCCAAACAGACGGAGCUCAAUGACUUUCUACUUGAUGUGUCAAAAACAUACUUUGAUAACAUUGUGGCAAUAGAUUCUCUACUUGAACAUAUUAUGAUAUAUGCAAAAAACCUGGUAAACGCGGACAGGUGCGCGCUCUUCCAGGUCGACCACAACAACAAAGAACUGUACUCCGACCUGUUUGACAUCGGGGAGGAGAAGGAAGGAAAACCUGUUUUUAGGAAAACCAAAGAAAUCAGGUUUUCAAUAGAGAAAGGAAUAGCAGGACAAGUCGCACGAACGGGGGAGGUUUUAAAUAUCGCAGAUGCCUAUGCAGAUCCAAGGUUUAACCGGGAGGUGGACUUGAAGACUGGCUACACGACGCGUAACAUCCUGUGCAUGCCAAUCGUGAGCCGCGGCACGGUGAUCGGCGUGGUGCAGAUGGUGAACAAACUGAGCGGAAGUGCCUUCACUAAAACUGACGAGAACAACUUUAAAAUGUUUGCUGUCUUCUGUGCUUUGGCCUUACACUGUGCAAAUAUGUACCACAGAAUUCGUCACUCUGAGUGCAUCUAUCGAGUGACCAUGGAGAAGUUGUCAUAUCACAGCAUCUGCACGUCAGAAGAGGCAAAGACCCUCACACAACUCAACCUCCCAGCUCCCAUUUAUAAAGAAAUAGAAACGUUCCACUUUGAUAUCAGCCCCUUUGAAGAAAUUUGGCCAGCUGUUUUCAUCUACAUGGUUCAUAGUUCUUGUGGCAAAACUAGUUUUGAAUUAGAGAAACUGUGUAGGUUCACUAUGUCCGUCCGGAAGAACUACCGGCGCGUGCCCUACCAUAACUGGAAGCACGCGGUCACGGUGGCUCACUGCAUGUUCGCCAUCCUCCAGAAAACACCAGGGACCUUCACAGAGCUGGAGAAAAAGGGUUUAUUAGUCGCCUGUUUGUGCCAUGACCUGGACCACCGCGGGUAUAGUAACACGUAUCUCCAGAAGUUUGACCACCCGCUGGCCGCUCUCUACUCCACAUCCACCAUGGAGCAGCAUCACUUCUCACAAACGGUCUCCAUUUUGCAGCUGGAAGGGCACAAUAUUUUUUCCAACCUGAAUUCCAGCGAAUACGAAGAAGUGCUGGAGAUCAUCCGAAAGGCCAUCAUCGCCACAGACCUCGCCCUUUACUUCAACAACCACCAGCAGCUGUCCGAGCACCUGUCUGUGGGCACCCUGGACCUCAACAACCACUCCCACAGGGACCGAGUGAUUGGUCUGAUGAUGACAGCAUGUGACCUGUGCUCAGUUACCAAGCAGUGGCAAAUCACACGCCUCAUCGCCAACGACAUCUAUGCAGAGUUCUGGGCCGAGGGAGAUGAGAUGAAGAAGAUUGGGAUCCAGCCGAUACCCAUGAUGGACAGAGACAAGAAGGAUGAGGUUCCCCAGGGCCAGGUGGGAUUUUACAAUGCAGUCGCAAUUCCAUGUUACACAACGUUAGCCGAGCUGUUUCCUCCGUCCAAUGUUCUUCUCAACGCCUGCAAGGAGAACCUGAGCCAAUGGGAGAAGAUAGCGAGCGGGGAGGCGGAGGACAUAGUGAAGGAGCCCAGUCGGUCGUCUGCUGGAGAUUCAGACUUCGUUGAGUCAAGUGACGUCAACAGGAGAGACGCGAACUUUACGCGCGGCGGUAACCAUGGCGACCUGGCACAGAGCAGUUCAUAUCCACUCUCAGACAUGUCCACCAGACCAAAGCCUGGUUCUUUUGGGAGGGACAUCCAUCGGCUUCUCCAGGCGGCAGAAGAGGGUCACAGGGCUGAUGUCUUGACCUACUCCUCAGGGCACCUAGGGCCACGGAGCCUUGUCCUCAACCAGCCUCAUGAAGAAUCAAAGCAGCCAUUUUGGGCCUCUUCCAACAAUCGCAAGGAAUCUCCAAGACCUUUAACUCCUCGGAUCAAGCCUAUAAAGAUUGGGAAGAAUAACAUGAAAGAAUAUUUAGCAGAGGUCACAGCAGAUUUCACGUCACUUACUCUCGAGCAGACUUCGACCUCAGAUCUCACCAACAACUCGCCUUUUGAUGCUGUCCCAGGAGAAAAUGCUAGUUUAAAUAAGUCCUUACCCUGCAUGAGAAAGCCACUGCCUAAAAUACAGCCCAAAAAAGUUCACAAAAAGUUAGAAAACACAUCCAAACUGAAAGAAAAACAGUCUGGGAGUGACACGAGCAGCAAAGAGCAGAUGAUUGUUUGGACAAAUUCUGCAGAAAUACAUGAGAAGAAAUUAGAAAUAGAGCUGCAGAAGCUGUCAUCGCAGCGCUGGCCCAGCAGAGACCGCCUCAGCGUCUUCAGUGACGUCUUUGCGUGUGCUGAAGUGUCUGAUGAAGAGGAGCUAGAGCCGACCUCCACAAAGGCCCAGAAAAACAAACGGACCAAGAGGACAGAUGCGUGUGCUGAAGUGUCUGAUGAAGAGGAGCUAGAGCCGACCUCCACAAAGGCCCAGAAAAACAAACGGACCAAGAGGACAGAUGCGUGUGCUGAAGUGUCUGAUGAAGAGGAGCUAGAGCCGACCUCCACAAAGGCCCAGAAAAACAAACGGACCAAGAGGACAGAUGCGUGUGCUGAAGUGUCUGAUGAAGAGGAGCUAGAGCCGACCUCCACAAAGGCCCAGAAAAACAAACGGACCAAGAGGACAGAUGCGUGUGCUGAAGUGUCUGAUGAAGAGGAGCUAGAGCCGACCUCCACAAAGGCCCAGAAAAACAAACGGACCAAGAGGACAGAUGAAGCUUCUAGAAACCCAAAGAAACCCUGGAGUGAGGAGGAGAGCCGUGGAGAAGAGGAUGGAGAACUCCGCAGCGCCAUCAAGUGUCUAGAAAGUGUUUUUUCUUCCUCCUAA